UCCAGACAGCGCUGCGUCUCGCCGGAUUUCAUCUGUGUGCUGCUGUUCACUUUCCACAGACAUGAGGGGCUGAACAUCUCUCAUCAACCGGCAAUGUGACUGGCCUUAAAAAAAACUUUCUGUUCUUUUUGAUCUGGCCAUUUAAACAACGACUUUAAAAGCAUAGAACCUUGUAGUCCCCUGAUAAGGAAUAUAUUUAGAGCUGUUGUUGAUUUACUAAAGAUGUCUAUACUGCCUUUCACGCCACCGAUUGUAAAGAGACUUCUGGGCUGGAAGAAGGGCGAGCAGAACGGACAGGAGGAGAAAUGGUGUGAGAAGGCAGUGAAGAGUCUGGUGAAGAAGUUGAAGAAGACAGGACAGCUGGAGGAGUUGGAGAAGGCCAUCACCACCCAGAAUAUCAACACCAAAUGCAUCACUAUACCGAGGUCUCUGGAUGGCCGUCUGCAGGUAUCGCACAGAAAAGGCCUCCCCCAUGUGAUCUACUGCCGGCUGUGGCGUUGGCCUGACCUGCAGUCCCACCAUGAACUGCGUGCCGUAGACUUGUGCGAGUUUGCUUUCCAUAUGAAGAAGGACGAGGUGUGUGUGAACCCUUACCACUACCAGCGUGUAGAGACACCAGUUUUGCCUCCAGUCCUGGUUCCUCGGCAUGCUGACAUCCCCACAGACUUCCCUCCGCUGGAUGAUUACUCCAUCCCUGAGAACACCAUAUUCCCAGCGGGCAUUGAGCCUCCGAGCAACUAUAUACCGGAGACCCCUCCUCCAGGCUACCUAAGUGAGGAUGGCGAAACUAGUGACCACCAAAUGAACCACAGCAUGGACACUGGUUCCCCAAAUCUUUCACCCAACCCUGUCUCUCCUGCAAACAGCAACCUAGAUCUGCAGCCGGUAACAUAUUGUGAAUCCGCAUUUUGGUGCUCGAUUUCCUACUACGAGCUGAAUCAGCGUGUGGGUGAAACUUUCCACGCCUCGCAACCAUCUCUGACUGUGGACGGCUUUACAGACCCCUCUAAUGCAGAGCGCUUCUGCCUAGGCCUGCUGUCCAACGUCAACCGCAACGCAGCCGUGGAGCUGACGCGCAGACACAUCGGCCGAGGCGUGCGUUUGUAUUACAUCGGCGGUGAGGUGUUUGCUGAGUGUCUGAGUGACAGCGCUAUUUUCGUCCAGAGUCCGAACUGUAACCAGCGGUAUGGCUGGCACCCCGCCACAGUGUGUAAGAUUCCUCCAGGCUGUAAUCUGAAGAUCUUCAAUAAUCAGGAAUUUGCAGCUCUGUUGGCCCAAUCAGUUAAUCAGGGAUUCGAGGCCGUGUACCAGCUCACCCGCAUGUGCACCAUUCGCAUGAGUUUUGUUAAAGGCUGGGGGGCAGAAUACAGGCGGCAGACAGUGACCAGCACCCCCUGCUGGAUAGAGCUGCAUCUCAAUGGCCCCCUGCAAUGGCUGGACAAGGUGCUCACUCAGAUGGGCUCUCCAAACCUCCGCUGCUCCAGCGUGUCAUAGGAUGAACCCUCAGCUCAUUUCAUGUAACCAUAAUCAUCUAAUGACAUCCAGGACCCACCCUCUAUUACUGCUUAAUGCCAAGCAAACAGAGCAAGGACGGGGGAGACAAACACCUGCUGGACUCAGUGUCACUUUAUCAAUUACAGAUCCCAAUGUUUUGCUGUGAGCAAAAAUGGACACGUACAGUUUGAAGCACUUUGAACAAUGACACUCAUGGAACAUGGCUGAUAUUUCCUAAAAUGAGGCAUUUUCCUCAUUGUGAAUUUAAUGUGAUCAUGAAAUUAUGAUUCUGUCAGUUUUUGUUCUGAUCGAGAAAUGUAUCACACAUUUAAUUUGAUCUUAAGGUAUUAGAAUCAUGGGCUCAUAAUAUGAUUGCUCAAAAUCAUAAAUGUCCUCACAGGGGGCCUAGUCGACAUUUCUGGCGACUUAGUGCUGCACCAGACAAGCCUUCAGAGAAGAGUUCUUUGUUUCCACCACCUUCAGUGAAGGGGUCUUGAGUGAACUGUUACAGUAUGUUAGCCUGGGCAGCUUUGUCUAGUUGUUGUGUCUAGUUGUGUUGUGCUCAAGUAAAUUGCACUGCACUGGACAGAUCUUAACGUGAUUGUUGUCUUUUUAAAAUACAACGGUCGACCAGGUUAUACUUCUGACAGGAACUGAGUGUGUAAAAGCUGCUUUGCCUUGAUUAUGAAAAGCACUUGUUUUUACAACCUAAUGACGCGGUAAACAAUAGCUUUGCAAAUUUGUCAAUGACAAAUGCUAGUAGCUAAUAGUGCCAUAUUUCUUGAACUUGAUGGUUACCAUUUGAUUUUUGCUCAGCAAAGACAUUUUUGUAAAAAGUAUUUUUGCAUAAUAAACCGAAUGGAGAUUGCGAAAGUA